UUUAAUCUUUGGUUGCAUUGUACGUCACUCUCUUAAAUCAAUGUUUUUCUUGACUAUUGGUGCAAAAAGCUCGAGAAUUUGUUGUCACUUCCCAAGAGCUUAUCACUCGGGGUUCAGUCCUGGAUAUUAUUGUGGAGAUGUUGCUGAUAUGGCUAAUACUGAGUCGUCGAGUGUUGCAAGAGAAGCUGCAAUACAUAGUGCAGCUAUUAGGUGUCCUCCAAUGGUGUCUCGCUUCCAGUUAUCAUAUGAUCUUGCAGUCUCGUUAUGUUCUAGGCAAUGCUUUCUGGUGAACCAACUAUUGUUGAUGCUGUUGCUGCUCUGCUUGACUCAUGUUUAUCAAGCUUUUCAUGGUGGUGAGGAAGCUGCAGUUUCCUCUUCUCUACCUUUGGCGAAACGAAGUGUUUUGGGCGGCCUCUUACCUGAGUCAUUGCUUUAUGUACUGGAACGUAGCGGCCCAGUUGCUUUUGCCGCAGCAAUGGUUCUUCAGCAUCUUGGUGAUUUCCCUCAGAAAUUGUCACAGCAUUGUCAUUUCUCAUAUGACUAUGCUCCAGUGCCACCAGUGACAUCCAGAGCUGAAAGAUGA